AUGGACAUGGACGUGGACGUGGACGUGGACGUGGACGUGGAGAACUUGGACGUGGACAUGGACGUGAACGUGGACCUGGACGUGGACGUGGACGUGGACGUGGACGUGGACGUGGAGGUGGACGUGGAGGUGGACGUGGAGGUGGACGUGGAGGUGGACGUGGAGUGGACGUGGACGUGGACGUGGACGUGGACGUGGACGUGGACAUGGACGUGGACGUGGACGUGGACUGGACGUGGAGUGGACGUGGACGUGGACAUGGACGUGGACGUGGACGUGGACGUGGACGUGGACGUGGACGUGGACGUGGAGGACGUGGACGUGGACGUGGACGUGGACGUGGACGUGGAGGACGUGGACGUGGACAUGGACGUGGACGUGGAGAACUUGGACGUGGACAUGGACGUGAACGUGGACGUGGACGUGGACGUGGAGGACUUGGACGUGGACGUGGACGUGGACGUGGACAUGGACGUGGACGUGGACGUGGACGUGGACGUGGACGUGGACAUGGACGUGGACGUGGACGUGGACGUGGACGUGGACAUGGACCUGGACAUGGACGUGGACGUGGACGUGGACGUGGACAUGGACGUGGACGUGGACAUGGUCGUGGACGUGGACGUGGACGUGGACAUGGACGUGGACGUGAACAAGACGUCGACGUGA